CCAUGUGAGACACACACACACACACACACACACACAAACACACACAUACUUUCUCCGUUUCAGCGACAUACUGUGCGCAUUGCUCCAAGUAGGCUGGAUGAUGAACUGAGCGGCAAAUAAGACCCCCCCAAAGAAAAAAAAAUCUCCACCAGGAAAGGCACACACCCGAUUCAGUGAUUGGGUAAUGUGUUAAGUGUUAAUCGGAGAGAUCUUUUUUACUCGGGGCCGAGCAGACUGAAGCGAAGGAGCAGUGCCUGUUGGUGCUUGCGCUGGCCAUCAGAUGACCAACAACUUCUGAAAAGUCGACCCACGCCGUCGUUGCAGAUCUCCUGCUCGGGACUCCGUAACAAAGUCAUGGCCAUCUCGUCCUCCAGUCUCCUGCUCCUACUCAUUAUACCCUCCCUGGAUUGGCUGCCCAGUCCAGCGUCUGCGUUCCUCAUUGACCGGGACCACAUGGCAUCGCCAGCUCCUUCUGAGCCUCAUUUCACUGAGUGCAUAUCAAGGGACCUGGAGACAUUCCGCUGUUGGUGGAGUCCAGGUAUCUACCACAACCUGUCCUCCCCCGGAGCACUCAGAGUCUUCUACCGCAAGAAAGACCCUGCCACCAGUGGAUGGAAGGAAUGUCCGGAGUAUGUGCAUUCAAAUAGGGAGUGCUUCUUUGACGUGAACCACACAUCCAUUUGGAUCCCCUACUGUAUGCAGCUUCGCAGCGAAAACACCACCUACGACGAUGGCUGUUUCACCGUGGAGAAUAUUGUACGUCCUGACCCACCGGUGUCUCUAAACUGGACCUUACUCAAUAUAAGUCCCUCCUGGCUAAGUUAUGAUGUCAUGGUCAACUGGGAGCCACCACCCUCUGCGGACAUUGGGGCAGGCUGGAUGCGUAUCGAGUACGAGAUCCAAUACAGAGAGAGAAAUUCCACCAAAUGGGAAGCAUUGGAUGUCCAGCCACACCCUCAGCGGACAAUCUUCGGCCUGCACAUAGGGAAAGAGUAUGAAGUGCACAUCCGCUGCAGGAUGCCUGCCUUCAUUAAAUUUGGCGAGUUCAGUGACUCCAUCUUCAUUCAAGUGACUGAUGUUCCCGUCCAAGAGUCGACCGUCCCUUUCACACUGGUUCUUGUUUUUGGCAUCGUGGGCGUCCUCAUCCUCCUCAUGCUGAUAGCGCUCUCUCAGCAGCACAGAUUAAUGAUGGUUCUGUUGCCACCUGUUCCCGCACCCAAAAUCAAAGGCAUCGAUUCAGAGCUGUUGAAGAAGGGGAAGCUGGACGAGUUGAACUUCAUCCUGACUGGUGGCGGCAUGGGCGGCCUACCCACCUAUGCGCCAGACUUCUAUCAAGACGAGCCGUGGGUCGAGUUCAUCGAGGUGGAUGCAGAGAAUGCAGAUGGUGAAGAGAAGGGGGAUAGCCGUGGCUCAGACACCCAGAAGCUCCUGGGUGUGCCUCAGUCUAUCAGCCACCACAUGAAUGUAGGGUGCUCCAAUAACGUCAGCUUCCCUGAUGACGACUCGGGCCAGGCAAGAUGCUACAACCCAGAUGUGCCCGAACGAGACACCCUAAUGCUGAUGGCCACUCUUCUGCCAGGUCAGCCCGAGGACGAAGAAGCCUCCUUCGAUGUUACAGAAGGUGCACCAGCGUUGGACGGAGGCGAAAGGUCCCUUGUCCAAACCCAAACGCCAGGGCCACAGACGUGGGUCAACACAGACUUCUACGCCCAAGUCAGCAAUGUGAUGCCCUCUGGGGGUGUUGUGCUGUCUCCUGGUCAGCAGCUCAGAAUCCAAGAGGGCACCUCGGCCACGGAAGAGGAACGGCAGAGGAAGGGAAAAGACAGCGAAGACCAAGAGAAGCAAAAGGAGCUUCAGUUCCAGCUGGUGGUAGUGGAUCCAGAGGGGAAUGGCUACAACCCAGAGAGCAGUGUCCGGCAGAUCAGCACUCCCUUGCCUGGCGAUGGCUACCAAGCCAUACACCCUCAGCCAGUGGAGACGAAACCCGCAGCCCUGACAGAGGAUAAUCAGUCACCUUACAUAAUUCCUGACUCUCCCCAGUCCACGUUCUUUGCCCCUGUUGCAGACUACACAGUUGUACAGGAGUUGGACAGUCACCAUAGUGUGCUCCUCAACCCGCCUCCCCGCCAGUCUCCCCCUCCCUCUCUGCCGCAGCACCCCUCCAAGGCCGCCUUGCCCGUGGGCUACAUUACCCCGGACCUGCUGGGGAAUUUCUCGCCGUGAAAUGACAGUGCCAUCAGAUCUUUAGGUGGAAGGCAGAUUGAGGAAGUCACCUGCAGUCUCCCUGCCUGAUUCCUGCUGGAAACCAAAUACAGUGACUUACAGCGCGCUUGGCGGAUGAACGUGUACAGGUGUCUGUUUGCAGAAGUUGCUGAAAGGGAGACGUGAAAAGCCUACAAGCUAUACUCUUAUCUGUAUUGCAUCUUCUAAAUCGAUUAACAUGAUGCACGAGAGAACGUCCCAAACCAAACGCACCGUUUGCUUUUUGUCCGUCUGCAUCCUCGCAUGACUGAACAAAAGCAUCACGUCAGCGCUUGACUGCCUUAUGUCACUUUACGCCUCUGACUAAUUAUGUUUCGAGCCACAACAUGAAGUCUUAAUCUUUCAAAGCUGUGUCGGUUUAAGAUCGAUGGGAUGAAGAAAAGCACAUUCUAGUCAAAUAGAAGUCAUUGCUGAUGUUGCCACCAUUUGCCUGGCAGGGGAUUGCUGCACCUCACCCUUUAUGUUAUGGGUUUCAUAGUUCGUCAUCUUAUUAGUGCUUAUAUAUAUAUAUAUAUAUAUAUAUAUAUAAAAUAUCCCCACAUUAUACACUGUUAAACACACACAGCUAUGCAGAUAUAACCAUUCCUGGCAUCAUUUUGGCUAAAGCUGUUCAUAUCUUUUCAUAAACAAGUGGCCAAAUUUAGAUUAUAUGAUGCCAAGAUAAUUUUCCCCAAAGCUGCGAGUUUAAUACAAUGAAUUCUUUCAAAUAGCUGAUUGUCCACGCCCAGAUAAAAAAGUAGUCAUGGCAGCGAAUGCCAACAAUAAUAAAUGAAAGCAAGAAGAGUCCCCACAUAUGCUGUUGCUAAUGUGUCUCUUCUUGUCCCUGGUGCAUGUUAAAAGGAGAAAUGGGAAGCGAAAGGAAAUGACUAACUGUAGUAAAGACAUAAAAGGGAAAUCAAACAAUUCCUGGAAUGAAUUGAAUAUCACAGGUCGUUUAUAGCGUUGUUAUAUCAGAUGUUAUCCCAGUGUGCUUUUUUUUUUUCUUUUAACCUGUGGUUAUCUAUUUUCCUAUACUUUUAACAUCAUCACAGAGAACUUGUUAGUUACCACACUGACGUGCAGGAAGGAUUCAUUCAUGCUCAACUCACUGCCACGCUGUGCAGGCUGUACUGUAGGACACAGAGCGCCACCAAGUGCCUUGCUCGAGGGCAUGUUAAUAUAGUUGUUUGCCACAAAGGAAAAGGGUACACACCCACACCUGUUAAUUAAACUGCAUCGCUUUAACAGCAGCCAAAUCUCACAAAUUUACAACUAGCGCUCAUAAGCUGAAACUUUAAUGAUCAAACUUUCUACUAAGGAGUUACAGCCUUCUCACGUUGAGUUUUUAUUGCAGGGACGGCAACUGGAACAAGUUGACAGACUGUGAAAGAUGUAAUUAGCUCACACUUUACACUUCUAUCUGCCAAGUACACAGUGUUAACAAGCUGUGCCUAUGAUAGUGUUAUUAGCCUGCUGUGCUAUGGUACUAUGCUCACUUAGUUAAGAUUUGUGCGUUUAUGCAUCACUCUGUGCAGAGUAGUACUGCUGUGUGUAUCGGACGAAUCAGUGUUAAUCUUCUGUGUGCACUCACGUGGAACCGACACAGUAACAGUGCAUGCACGGUGCGCACACACACACACGCACAACACACGAGAAAGAAGCAUUUGCCUGAAUUACACAUUUCACUUUCCCAUAUUGUCAUAAAACGCUGAAAAUCUUUCGUCAACCAUAAUUUGCAUGUUUCCGAUUGCGCUGGUAAGAAAAAAAGAACAGACCACAAUUUUCAAACCAACAUUUUUUUUUAAUGAGAGUUAGUACUGAAAGCCCUCUAGUUUCAAGUUCUCGUCUGACUGAGGCAAAUAUGAGGAUUUUUUGCACAUACAACAAGCUUACAGUGGACAAUGUGCGCGUGAUUAGGCACGAAUCCCUACUUAUUGUGCUGCAUACAUUCUUUUGAAUAACCAGAUUUAGGGCAUUAUUCGGCAGAAUCUGUUGCUUAAUCAAUUAUUUAGCCUCAUUAGCUUAUUGCGUAAGCUUGUCUAUAGUUCCCUGACAGUGCAGACUUUAUAUAAUGUGAGCGUGAAGAAAGGAGAGGAGAGCUUUUGUCUCCCGUGUUUUCGUCCCAUCAUAAAGACUUGACAAUAUGCCUGUCACAACCACGACAGCAUAGCGUGCUGUGUAUAGUAAGCUGUCUAUACAGAGGCUAAUAGAGGUUGUCUUAUAUCCAUGGUUUUGCGAUACAGCACAAUGAACUUUCAUGUCAACAGCUCAGUGAAUGAAUCAGAGGUUUUGUACACCUAUCACCAUACACAAAACAAAAACACAAUACUUUGCAGCGCAAAGGCAACCCAUUCGGCCUUGCAUUGUGCGUCGUGUCGUACUCAUCCUUUUGGCAUAAAUAGGUUAACGACUCACACAGAAUAGGUCUUUUGUAUCAGACAAUCCCAUCGCAAAGAGAAGAUAGAGAAGGGGCCACAAAAUGACAGUUUUCAAAAAAUGUGAAUCUGAUGAAUAAUGUGCCAUUUCUCUUUUCUUUCUGUCCGUCUCUCUCUCUCUCUCUCUCUUUUUUUCUUUGAAAAGAACCACGUGUUCCAUCGUUGCUGCCUUCUUGUGUGGAUGAUACCAGCAAGCCAAUGCUGUCGCAGAUAUGUCUUAAUAUAUUUACUAGUGCUACAAAAUUACAAGUAUAUAUUUUUAUGUCAUUAAUGUUACCAGUCACAAUAUAUUGCUGCUCGGUACGUGUAUUUUUUCUACAUUCAGCCUUACUGCGGCCAGGUGGGGCAAAGGGUCGUGUUUUUGUGAAAUUAAACCCACAAAUUGGAUGAGACUGAUAUCGACCUGCAGCUCGGCUGUCGGUAGCAUUUCAGCGGGACCGCCUGGUCCCGAAGCCUUUCGCAGUGUUCACACCCAUCCAAAGAUCCUCAGAGGGCUCUCAAUGUUUAUAUGAAGGAAGAUCUGAGAAUGGAAAAAGUACUGUUGAGGUUGUGUUUCAGUUCUGCCAUGGUGACUGUGAAUGUGUGCAAACUGAAAUAUGCAAUGCAAUUGUUAUACAGAGGAAAAGUUGUUUAAAAAAAAAAGUAUUUUUAAAGGUUACAGUUGGAUAGAAAACUUGUGUGUGUGGGGGGGUGCUUUUUUCUUCAAGCUUACUGUACAGAUGUUUACUACAUUGAGUAUUUUUUUUUCUUUUUUGACAGUUUACCACGAGCGCAUUCAUAAUGUAGUAUAUAUCAAAAAAAAAAAAACAAGUGUUAUUUUGUGCUUAUAAAUGUUACAGACACUUUAGAGGAAGCACUUUGUACACACAUGUAUCUGAUGUUUAAAAUAGUAUUUGGGUUUUGUAUCCUUAUGUUUCCUAGUCAGCACAAUACUCGAGACAGCAAGGAACCUUUAGUAUGGAUAAGCUUCGGUUUUGUUUCACAAAGUUUAUAGGAUGUAUUUUACACUAACAGAUUGCUAGAAUGCUGUACUGUAAUGGAGUAUUUAAUAUGUACCAUAAGAUUAAUGGAUAGAUAAAGCAGAUAUAUCCUUAAUGAAGACACGAUAGAGGAAGAGGGGAAUAGUUAAACUGUGACUCUACGUUCUUAUACUUCUCCUGUUAUGUGAUUUCAGCAUUUCAUUAAUGGAAAAAGUGCAUUUAUUAUACAAUGAUGCAUUUCGGUCCCCAGCCUCUUGGUUUUUGCGUCAGUUCAAGGGUGGGUUUUUAUGUCGCUCAGCUAAGUCUGGAAGUAAUCUUGCAAGAAUUUGUGUUGGUUCUUUCUCUUUAUCAGACUCAAGAGCACUGAGCCACACAUUUUUUUGGCUUGUUAAGGAAAUAGUUUAAUUCUUGACUUGAGUACAGCGGUACACAGCCUGUUUUUUUUUUCUGUUGUUUUUUUUUGUUUGUUUGUUUGUUUUGUGUUGUUUUUUUUUUUACACAACGUACAGUGGCUCCGCUCUCUGUUUCUUUCCAUGUGUUAUUUAUUCGUCUGCUCGGAGCCCUCAAAGCACUAUCUGGCCCAAGCUCAUAAAACUGGAAAUAUUCUAAAUGCCAAAAUCGGAAACCUCUGCAUUCAAGUGUGAAAAACACCAUAAUUCAUCGGUUUGCUCUGGCUUCAUUAAUUCAUACGAGCCCAUAUUAUUGUGCUGCGUUCAUGUUAUUCUGUUCUUGGAGCCACUGUCUGUUUGCUGCUGUUUUACUCAGGGCCAAGAACUGUGUUGAUUUGAUAUUGUUUGCUUACCAAUUGAGCCUUUCCGGUGUUGUAUGUGUGAUCAAUAAGCUCGCAACAAGUUACACAAUAAAUAUACAGCAUCUUAUGCAUCA